AUGUUUCGACCCGGUUACUGGCCAGACGACCCAAUGGAAGGCAUCCUCGGUGCCGGUACGAUGCGGCCAGGUGCAGCUCCUCGUCGCUUUGAUGAAUACUAUCGUUGCUAUCCCGUCGCCAUGCUUCCGGGUCCUGAACGGGAGAAUGUCAACCAUGGCGGCAAAGUUAUCAUGCCGCCAAGUGCUUUGGACAAGCUUACACGGCUCCACAUCACGUACCCAAUGCUGUUUGAGCUUCACAACGGUGCCAAAGAGCGAAUGACACAUGCUGGUGUGCUGGAAUUCAUUGCAGAAGAAGGGAAGAUUUAUUUGCCAUUUUGGCUCAUGCAAACUUUACUUUUGGAGCCAGGCGAUCUCCUCCAGAUCAAGUCAACAGAUCUUCCUCCUGGGCAGUUCAUCAAGCUUCAAGCGCAGUCGACGGCCUUUCUCGACAUCAGUGACCCCAAAGCUGUGCUUGAAAACGCUUUCCGCAACUUCUCUUGCCUCACAAAAGGAGAUGUGUUCACUUUUGCUUAUAAUGACCAAGUUUAUGAGAUGGCGGUUUUGGAAACCAAGCCUUCAGGAACCAAGAACGCGAUCUCUGUCCUUGAAACAGAUUUGGAAGUCGAUUUUGCUACACCAGUCGGGUAUGAGGAGCCGCAGAGGACCAGUGGAGCCAGUACACCCGGGAGUGUCGUCAAGAAGGGGAAGCUUCCUGCGGGAGGGUUGCUGCAUCCUCAAGGCACGAUGGCGCAGUCUAUCAACUAUGCUGCUAUUGCGCCCGAGUCCACGGCUGCCACAUCUGGCGCCAAAGCCGUGUCGUCUAACUUCUUGUCCGAGGGCCAGCGUUUGAAUGCCAAAAAGGGCAGUAAGGCGCCGACCCCUCAGGCAAGCACUCCUGUGCCCGGCACCGCAAACCCUCAACGGCCUCCUCCGACCCGCAGGACAAAUGGCCCUCAACCUCUGCGACUGCCCCCGAACCAACUGUUCUUUGGAUAUGCGAUCAAGCCUCCAAAGCCCCGAGACGAGAAUGGACGCUUGGUUCCUCAAGACCAACCCAAGUUUCAAGGGAUAGGACAAACUUUGCGUGGCAAGAAGAAGGAUGAGGGGUCCGUCACUCCGACAUCGGGCAGCGAAGUUGACAACCAGACGGGCAAGUCAAGUGGCCGUACCCUUGGUCGCAACAAGCGAUGA